AAAAAGGCCGAAAAAUCAAGAUAAAAAUAAAAUAAAAAGCGGGGAAGGGAUAACUGAAAUAACCAGAAGCAAAGAAAAAAAAGGGUCUGGUGUGUUGAAUCUCCUAUUUGGUUGGAGAAAGGGUGCAAUUCAAGAAUGGUCUCCGGCUCACUCUCAUUACUCUAUUCCACCUCCAGUGCUUUCUCCGAUUCAUCUUCUGCUUCCAUACCCACCAGAAGAACUGGGUCCUUCCCCUUCUCCUCCAACUCAAUCCGUACCCUGAGAUAUUCCAACCUUCUUAAAUUAGCUCCGUUCAAGGUGAAGGCUAUUGCUUCCUCCUCUGCUCCAGCACCACCGCCACUCGAGGAUGGCUCUGCCGACCAGUUCUUGCAGAGUAGUUCGAUUGCUGAUUUUAUGAGAUUCAAACGCGGUGGUGGUGAUGGCAGUAAUGGUGAAUUGCAGACUGCCGUUGUUUCUUACAGGAAGAAGUUUCCUUGGUCAAUUUUGCAGCCUUUUCUUCAGGUUGAUUUGGUUUCCACCAUUCACAUCGCGGACAAAGAGUACUUUAAAACCCUUCAGGAGAAACUUGAGUCCUAUGAUUGUGUCCUUUAUGAGAUGGUAGCCAGCAGGGAGAGUUUAGAGAAUAGAAGAAAUUCUGCUGUAACAAAGAAGCUGAAAAGUUCCCGGUCGCGAGGGUUUAACAUUCUAGGAUGCAUUCAGAGACAAAUGGCUCGAAUUCUGACACUUGAUUUCCAAUUAGAUUGCUUAGAUUACGAGGCUGAAAAUUGGUACCAUGCUGAUCUUGACUUUGAGACCUUCAAAUUACUUCAGACGGAAAAAGGUGAAAGCUUUUUCUCCUUUGCAAGAGAUAUGACUCUUAAAUCCACGAAAGCUAUGAUUCAGUCUGCUUCAGUUCGAGAAGACCUUGGUCCUUGGAGAUCAAAGCUUCUAUGGGCGUCAAGGGUGCUUCCUAUGCCACUAGUUGGCCUGCUCAUCAUUGGGGGUGUCUGUGCAGACGGUGGAAGUCAGUCAUCAGAGUUUCCAGAGUUUGAAGCCUUGUCUAGGCUAGAUUUUGGUGCCGCAAUGAAAGUUUACCUAGCAAAAAGAUUAACUUCUGAAUUCACACAGGUGACAGCUGAUGUAGAAGAGAGUUCGGUCAUAAUUGGUGAAAGAAACAGAGCAGCAAUUGAGGCGCUUAGCAAGUUGCUUGAUGAGGGCCACAACAGGAUUGCGAUACUCUAUGGGGGUGGCCACAUGCCAGACUUGGGACGGCGGCUAAGAGAGGAUUUUGACCUUGUUCCGUCUCGUGUGCGGUGGAUAACGGCUUGGUCAAUAAGGAACAAAGACUUAAAGAGUAGUUCCCUUCCCUUUCUGAAGAAAAUGGCUGAAAUUUCAGGUUGGCCAUUGAACCGCUAUCAGACUUUGGCAUUACUUAUGUUCUCUUCAGUUCUAGCAUUGGAUCUCUGGUUCUGGGAGAUCUUUUUUGGUACUGCAGUGGACUAUAUCUCCCAAUUUGCUUCAGAUAUUAUGUACUAUGUUGAUAAUGCACAGUUCUUAUGAUAGUUCCAUGUUGCUGCAAAAUUCUGAAUUUUUUUAUUUAGUAUGAAGCACUCUAUUUGUAUACAUACCUUUGUAAAUACUUUAAACAUAUCCAUUAUAUUUAGUCAAUUAUUUGGUCGAACCAAA